AUGAAAACGGAGAAGAAAUUGUUAGUUUUGGAGGGUUUGAGAACUUGGCUGGGGAUGGUUUGUUCGACGAAAUUGUCAAAAUAUAUUUUUAGGUCCACAGGUUAUGGUGACGAACUAACCUGGGCAGCCGUUUGGUUAUACAAAGCCACAAGAAACGUCAGAUACGUGGAACAAGCAGAAAACUUCUACACGAAGUUCCGAAUCAAAGACCGCCCCAACGAAUUUUUCUACAACAAGAAAGUGGCCGGAAUUCAACUCCUCCUUGCCGAGCAAACCCAACGCCCCGAGUACAAAGCGGCCACGAAGAGCUUCUGCGACUACUCCAUCAAGGAGCAACUGCGGACUCCUCACGGCCUAAUUUUCAUAGACAAGUCCGGAACUCUCUCGCACGCUGCCAAUGUCGCCUUCAUUUGUUUACAGGCUGCCAUUGGUCUCAACAUUUCUCAAAGUACCUACAUCAACUUCGCCAAAGAACAAAUCGACUACAUUCUGGGCUCAAAGGGGCGAAGUUACCUCGUGGGGUACGGGUUGAACUAUCCCAAGCAGCCCCACCACUCCGCAAGUUCCUGUCCUGAUUUGCCAGAACCAUGUGGGUGGAAGCAGUUCACGUGGAAAGGUCCGAAUCCCCAGAUUCUCUACGGGGCUUUGGUUAGUGGACCAGACCAGAACGACCAUUACGAAGAUAUCAGAGACGAGUUUCUUUAUAACGAGGUGACGUUGGAUUAUAACGCAGGGUUUCAGAGUACCGUUGCUGGACUUAUUUAUUGUGACAAGGUGAUGAAACGUGAGUGAUGUUCUUAAAUGUGAUAUUGAGACGUUUGUUUGUAGUAAAGUUCGAAAUUUU